AUGGAGUAUUACUCAGAAGAAGAAGACUCUUUUGAUUCAAGCCAAUGUUCCGAUAUCGACGAAACCGACCAAGCAUGGUCCAGUAAGGAGGAUGGCUGUGAAAGAUCGUGUUCUGCUGAUGAAUACUCUAGUUCAGAGUAUGGAGACGACCCUGGUGAAGAAAGUCCUGAACCUAAACCACCAGACCACUCUCAAGGCAACACAAGAUUUUACAAGAAAGGAGGUUGCCGAGAAAACAAAUCAUGGAGCAUUGACACUGAUUCUGAAAUCAGUAUGGGAGAGGAAGAUGAAUGUGAUCCACAUCCUACCCAGGCUUGCAAUCCUCUCAAGAAAUCACUGACGCCAGCCAGCUAUGGAGUUACUCCAUACAAAGUACCAGGCCGAUCCAAAUCCACCACAGCUAGAAAAGCUCAAUCAACACCAGCUGCCACAAAGAAGCAAUCCAGAACAGCACGUGGGAACACACCUGAUUAUCUAGUCUUUUCAGGUUCUAGCAUGGACCCUGGAGUCUAUUUAAGAUGGGAGGAUGAUAUGAAGCAGUGGCUGCGAGCAAAGAACAUCCCAAAGGAAGAUAAGCUAUCAUAUGCCCUUGAUAUGCUUAUUGGAAAAGCUUACACUUGGUGGGAACAAGAAGAUGCCCAGACCUACUACUCUAAUCCAGUACUCAAUUGGGGAGAUCUUAAGGCACGCAUGUAUAAGGAGUUUGUAAGGAAGCUCAGGGCUAGCAACAAAAUUCUCACAAGGACUAUGUACCAAGAAAAUCGGUGGAGUUCAAUGUCAACACCAAAGGCAAGACCAGCUGCUGAUAAGAGUCACGCCCACUGUCCUGAUCCAAGUAAGUCAUUGUCCACUUCAAAGAAGGCAGAGGAGGUUGAGAAACUUUCUCCAGCCAAGAAGUAUCAAGGCUGGACAAGCACCACAUCAAAGCACCAUCACCAAGCAACAUCAAGGAAAGAGGUGUCUAGCUUAAAACCAGAAUCUGCUUCUAUGCCUAUGAGUGCUCACGGCCUUAAGCCCAAGAAGAUGACAUCAAGUGUCCCUACGCUUCACAAAGGAGCUAUGAGGUCGUCCCAAACAGAGAAGUUUCAAGAGAGACCAAUCCCUACACUUUUGAUGGGAUCACAAGGGAUACAAGAAGUAUGUCAAAGGUCCAAAGAAACUUCCAACCAACAAGAGAACAUAAGAAGCCAAGGUAAGUCCUCUAACUCUAAAAAUUUAAAAGAUCAGACAUGUUAUAGAUGUCAUAGACGUGGACACUUUGCUGCUGUUUGUCCAUCUAAGAAAUUGAAAGAAACAUCACUAGGAGAGAAAACUGAAAUAUCAAAAAUAAGUGAUAGUUUAAUUCAAUCUGAUUUGUUGGUUUCCAAUGCUUGUAUAAUGCACUUGUCUAUGCCAAAAGGUGUUAAUACAGGUCCUAAGGAGCAUGAGUCCAUUGAAGAAGAACCACCAGGAGAAAUUCUUGAGAUGGACCAGAAUAAAGCUCAAGACAUAAGGCAACACAUGUUCCCUAAGGAGAUCAAUUCCGAGGCAUCCAUACUGCCCAAUCCGACCAGCACUACACCAGGUAUGAUCCAACAUCAAGAUGUAAUUAGUAAAGCUAAUUUGUGUGUUCAUGGUACAGGGAGCCCAAGUUUGGAACAUAGGAUCCAAAAGAGUAAUGGGGAUAAUAUUUCCAACAAAUAGAGGCAGAAUCCAAGCGAAAGUUAUACAAGAAAGAGUGAACCACAAGAAAGUGAGGCCACGACUGAAUGUACCAGAUUUGCUAAGACCACUCCAAGAGAAGUCCAAGGUCAUGAGAUC